AUGAAGCUCUUGUGGGUAGUAAGUGCCGCACUGUGCGUACUUGUGUCGACACUCGCACAGGUUGAAGCGCAGAACUGCGGACCGCGUAUCCGGAAGGACUGGGACGCCUUGACAACGGCUGAGAAAGACACGUACAAGGGCGCACUGGCUGCGGCUAUGGAUUCGGGGGCGUACAUCAAGUUUAUUGAGAUUCACACGGAAAUGCAGUCGGACAUGCAUGCACACCGUCAGUGCAUGUUCAUCUACUGGCACCGCUUGUUGCUCGUCGUCUUUGAGAACAUGCUUCGUGGACAAGGUCCGGAGUUUGCCUGUGUCACGGUGCCGUACUACAACUGGAUGGGGGCCAACAACCGCGUGCUCGCUGGAUCGUGCUCCACCAUCGAAGACUGCUCGACUAUCACUCGCGAGUUCGGAGGCUCCGCCGGAUCCCGGCAACGAGUCAGCAUCAACGGGGUCGCUACCUCCGGCCGCUGUGUCAGUGAGGCCCCCCUGGAUCACUUCUGUGAGUCCGGCACUGUUUCUGGCUCGGACUGCGCUGGAUGUGUUCCUCGAGGCGACUGGGCUUCGGCGUCGGUUCCAGCCAGCACGAGCUUUGCCUCAGUUCGCCAGCAACUGUUCAAUGGCCGGAACAUCGGGCAGAUGUCGCCCUUGAUCGAGCAAGGCUGUCACAACAACAUGCACUCGAGCUUGGCCGGCUCCGUCCAAACGCUUGCGUCUCCGUCGGACCCGAUCUUCUGGUCGCAUCACUCGAUGAUCGAUGCCCUUCACACCAUCUUCCACAAGUGUCGUGUCGGAAACCAGCGCAUGACAUUUGCUGAGAAGUCCACGCACCCCGUUGCCUGGACGUCGUGCGCGAAGCGGGGCGGAGGCAACUUCGAUCCGGCCGAAGUAAUUGUCAUGCGCACGGGUGUCAAUGGUGUCAACCCGAUCCAAGGAAGCGAAGACCCGGUCAUCGGUCGAUACUUUGCCGGCGUUCCCAACCAGUAUGCCGGACUCAUGGAUGGACGUGACCUGGGAGAAAGUAGCUACUCGUACGAGCUCAGUGGUCAGCUCGCUGACAUGUUUGUCAACUGCGACGGCACGUCAGCUCCGGCCACCCCACCAGCAGCAGCUCCUCCUGCUCCUGCUUCUGCACCAGCCCCUGCUCCUGCACCAGCCCCUGCUCCUGCACCAGUUCCAGUGCCCGCUACCGCUCCUCGUCCCCCUGCUCCAGCUCCACCUUCCGCACCUCCGGCCGCACCCCAGCGACCCCGUCAACGGAGUUGGCUCGAACAGCUUUUCGACCGCAGGCGUCGAGAUAACAGCAGACGUCGAGAUGAUCGCAGACUCGAGGCAGAGCACGAAGUGGAGGAUGCUCCGUCGAACCAGGUCAGCGGCAACAGCAACGUCCAUGAAGGUUGCUAUGAUCACAGGGGAGCCAACGAGGAACGAAGCAUGCCAAGCACCGAUGCACCGAAAGCGGUCGCGACCAUGGCACCUCCAGUCGACGAUACCGUUACGAAGGACAUUGUGGACGUGGUCUUGGUGGACAAGACUUGUGCCGAAGAUCAGCAUGUGUCCACGUGGUACGAGAAAACGACGGCUGCUAUGGGUGGCCACUGCCCUGAGGUCACCGCCGACCUCGAGCGCCAGGCUUGCAUGUAUGAGAAACAGUGUCUCGGUGGCACGCCCGAAUACUCUGAGGAGUUCAAAGCUACAUGGGGAGUGAAGGAACCGCGCUGUUUGACGAUUGUGAAGGAGAUUGAGAGCGGACAGCAACCGAUCGCAUACGGAAAGUGGCGUGAGGAUAUGGAGUCCCAUUUCGGCUGUCCUAAGCCUGCGAACGCAACGCAGUCUAUCGAUCCGACGGAUGUCUUCAGUAGCGCUGACCAGUCUGUACCUGACAAGCUCUCGAGCGUAGUGCAGUCAGUGUAG